GUUGUGGUCAAUUUCGCCAGAGUCACAGUUCAGCUAGUCGGAGUGGACCAGCUGCCGUCCGUGCUCCCGAGCUUCAGCACUGUGUUCAAUGUGACGAACGGGACAGAGGAUGAUGUGGUGGACAUCGACAACGACAGCAGUGCAGUUCGAACCACCACUUCGACCACAACCGAAUCAGAUGCAUGGCUCUGCAAAGUUGUGCAGCCCCAACCUGUCAACGAGACGGAUGUGGGCGAGGAUUCGGAUGUCUCUGACAGCCAAGAGCUCAUCGCGUUGCUGAACUUCACCAGAACUCGGCUGAUUUUCUGUGCGCAGAGGCAACUGCUUGGAUCACUGCCAGUGCAAGCCACUUCGUUUGAUGUGCCGGAUCUUGGGCAGCAAUCGCACAUCCUCCAGGGUUUGCGCGAUGCUGGAAAGACUCUGGCUGAAUCAGCAUAUGCUGAGUCCAGCAUCGCAUCGGGCGGCACUCGGGUGGAGGACGCGGAGGCGAGUGUCGUCAACGUCACCUUCGCGGAUGAGGACGCAAGCUGGAAGACAGCCUCGGAGCUUCCAGAGCAGCUUGGAUGGAGCUUGGGCUUCUGGCCUUCGGAGCAGAUCUUUGACUCCCCAGGAGACCCAGAGACGACGGAUCUGGAGACCGCCAGGGAACCAGCGCAGGUGGAAAGUUUCGUUUUCUACCUCUCGGAGCUCCCGCCCUCAGUCGGCAGACGGCCAAGCAUCUUUGAGCAUGUUGAGCAUGUGCCGUUGCAGGAGACAGCCCUUCAGACGUUCAGCGCCCUUUCUGUCGUGGGCCCAGAAUCAGCAUCCAACGGAGUUGUCUAUACGAAGUCAGAGCUCGUGGAGCAGACGACGCCCGUCUCUAUCGCCCUCUCCGAUGCAGAUGCAUCGGUGUCGGCGGUGGACCUGCAGGACUUCGACUUGGACUUCUUUCAGAUUGGAGGUGUCCUGUCCUGGGCGGAGCCUGCAGACACCGCCCAAGUGAUUCGCUAUGUGGCCGGGAUGCAGCGGGUUGUGUGGAACUAUGAGCUGUUCUCGUCAAAGGCCCUGAAGAAACCGCAGAUUCGUGCGUUGCUUUCUGUGCUGUUCUCUUUUGGGCUGGAGAGCACGACAAAUCCGCAUGCGGUCAAUGAGGACAUCUACUGGGCGUCCGACCUGCUCAACUCCUCCAGUGGCUUCGUCUGCUCCUACGAGUCAGAUGGCCUGGCUGCCAGGCAGCACACAGUCAUCUGA